CUAGGAGAGGUGGCGAAAUUGUCGGUGAUUCUAUAGAGCCAAUAGGAAAUGACAUACCUUCACUGCCACAACCGGAGCCCACACAGCAACAAAUUGGGCAGGGCGAGCCCAUACAGUCACAACUAAGGCAGGAUGAGCCAACCAUGAGGCAAAUGAUGGAUCUACUAUAUAAUCUUAGUGACCGCAUGAAGAGACAAGAAGAAGAAUUGGCCGCUUUAAGACAAUAUAAGGAGAAUGACAACCGAGAGGGAAAUGGCCAACAAGAAGGAAGCCAUACCAAGGUAUUCAAUGCGAGCCAAUCUGCUGAUGAAGGCUUACCUCCUUAUUCUCACCAUGAGACUAGUCCGAAGAAUGUGAGUCUCCACUCUGAGCAACAGACAUCCACGAUCACAAAGAUCUGGAGUACUUUUCGUAAGUUUAAUCCUCCUACUUUCGAUGGAAAUCUUAAGCCGGCGGUGGUUGAAGAAUGGAUAGAUCAAUUGGAGAGUAUUUUUCGUAUGGUUGUGUGCACUUCUAAUCAAAAGGUGCAGCUGGCAAUAUUCCUACUACAGAAGAGUGCUAAGAAAUGGUGGGAAACAUCAGGACCGAAGGAUGAUUCCUCUCUUACUUGGGAAGAUUUUAAAGCCAUAUUGUUCGAGAAUUAUUUUCCUACUGCACUGAGAGCAGAAAAGGAGGCUGAGUUUCAUGCAUUCCGCCAGGGUGAUUUAGAUGAGGAUGAAUUUAUUGAACAAUUCUCAGAAUUAUCUAAAUACUCUACUUACCUCCAGAAACAUGAAGACACGGAGUGGAUGGCUGAACGAUUACUAGAGAAGGCGAGGCCUGAUCUAAGGGAACAGUUAGCCCCUUUUGAGAUCAAGACAUUCAGUGAGAUGUGCAAUAAGCUUCGAAUAGUUUCUCGGAGGAAGAGAGAGGCUAGAUUAGAAGCUGAUAGAGAGAGGAGGAAAGAACCUCAUGGGAAGCCCCCUAUCCACACCAGACCCAUUGGUGGAGUAGAGAAGAGGAGCAGUCAAAUCUUUGGAGGUUUUAGAAAUCAGAAGAAGAAGGGCUACUAUCAUAAGGGCCAGAGCUACAGAGGGAAUCAGAGUGGAAGUCAAGGGUCCUAUAGGAGCCCAGCUACCUUUAAUCCUACUCCUAGUGCUGCUAGUAAUCAAGCAUGCAGUAAGUGUGGGAAGUUUCAUUCUGGUGAUUGUUGGGUUUGUUACAUCUGUCAGAAGCCUGGUCAUAUUGCUAGAUUCUGCUAUCAAAACCAAAAUAGGGGUAAUGAUCAGAGACCUACAGUACCAGCACGAGUGUAUGCCCUCUCUGGGCCAGAGGCUGCUAACAACCCUAAUGCUAUCCGAGAUUGUAUUACUGGUGAAGAUUGUGGUGAGAGAGAAAUUUUAAGGAAUAAUUUAUUGAAAAAGCCACAAGGAGAAGAGCCAAGAGUGACACGUGGAGGAGUCCCAGAGGCUUAGUGGUAUAGAUCCACUGUCUCUUUUGGGUAUUUAAUUUAUGAUUUAUAAUGUGUUAUAUUGCCAAUAUUAGGGCUUUUUGUUUAUUGUCAAUUAUAUGAAUAUAUAAAUGUAAUCAUGCCUUUCAAACUAUUUCUAUUUUUGGUACAAUUUGGAUGACUGUAAUUUUAAUAUUUGGUUUACUUUGGAUUGGUUAAAAUGGCAUGAUUAUAAGGUCAAAUAACUGGCUUGUGUUGAAAAUUGAUUAAAUUGCUUAUUUUACUUGUUGGGAGUAUAAGGAUGGACAAAUGUGAUUUAGUUUACUUGUUGGGAGUAUAAGGAUGGACAAAUGUGAUUUAGCCUAAUGGCAUGUGGGAGGUAAAAAUUUAUCUGAAAUGUUAUAGUGUGUGAGUUGAAGCCGAUUAUAAAAUAUUUUAU